AUGCCUUGGUCUUUCCAGAUCGAAGGUAUGCUUGACGCCAUUCUGGCCAUUUCUUCAGCUCAGUUGGCACGGCGGAGCCAGGAUGCAGAUCGCGCGAAACAUCUUCGGGCCGUGUCUUCUCGCCAUGAGAGGAAAUGCUACCAAUUCAUCAAGGAGCGCCUACAUCCAUCGGGUGGACUGCCAGAAGACACAUACCAGGUCACUGCGGUAAUCCUCAUCCUGGUAGGGCUUGAAGCGCUCAAUGGUGUCAAGACUACGAGGUGGAUAUCGCAACUAAAGAGUGUUCAACGGAUACUGAGCGCACUCACUCCGGAACAGAGCAUCAUGGACUGCGUUGAGGUUGAUUCUCUGCAUCGACACUUCACUUAUCACUUCGCCUCUGCGUCUCUUAUGGCACGCGUCUCAAACGCAGGAAAGGCAUGUUCAACAGAGCAGGGCUUGAUACCAAUCAGUGCCGCUCUAAUGCCAGGCACAAUCGACCCGCUCAUGGGCAUCUCGUACCAGUUAUGCGAUCUCAUCUCUCGAAUCCAGUACGUGACAUCCUCAAAUCCAGCAUUUCCGCUCGCUACCGAGGCGUCUUUCAACGUUAUCGAGCAGGGCAUACAGAAUUGGACUUACGACAAUCCAUUUGCACUCGGUGUCGACACCCCUAUAGCUCUCGAUCUUAUCGCUUUGGCAGAAGCUUACCGUUUGGCGGCCCUCAUUCAGCUCUAUCGAACCUCACCAAGCCAUUCUGCCAACAUUGCAGGCUGUGCUGCACGCGCGAUGGAGUUCAUUGCUCGCAUACCACCUGGAAGCGCUGCGGAGUCUAGCUUACUCUACCCUAUAUUCCUAGCAGGGGCUGAGCUCGAUGAUGAAGCCGCCAUUGAGAAAUGCUUUCGAAGGCUAGAGGACAUCCAGAAGAGGAAUCGCUACGAGAACGUCGAAUGUGUCCAAAAGGUGCUUAAAGAAGUAUGGCGACCGAAACUUGAAGGCGGUCAAAGAAGAGACUGGGAAGAGGUGGUGAGAGAGUGGAAUUGGUCGUUCACUCUGGGUUAA